AUGGCCAUUCUUAUCAGCCACGUCUUGGUGCCAUUUGAUUCCUGCUUGGCCAUGGGAGAAGGGAAACAUUUUGUUUUCUCCACGAACCGACCUGCCUUGUGUGGCUAUGCUGAUACUUUGGUGAAGGCCGGACCCACCCAUACCGGCCUUGAGAUGAAAUUGUUCCACUUCUCUGAGCAGAAAGACCUGGACACGGCGUGUUUGGAGGAGCAACUUUCUUUGAACGGAGCUGCUUGUGAGGCCUUUGAAGUUUCAGUGCUUUUGCUGGCGACGGCCUCAUCCAGCUACUUGUGGUUUGAUCAGGAGCAUUGCCCAAACAAUGUGCGACUUUGCAGGAUUUUGACAGAGAAAGUUCAGAAGAAGAUCAACCUCGUGAUUUGCCCCACCACUAAAAAAGCUGAAGAUUCCUGGAACUGCCAUCCGUGUCUUUCCGAAAGCAUCUUCGGCGACUUCAUGCGAUGUGCUACGGUGCGCGUUUGGAAUGGAUUUAGAUCUGAUGCUGAGCAGGUGAAGCCGUGGCCUAUUUGCAGCCUAGCCUUGAAAGAGGGGGAGACGAUUCCACAGCCGAGCGCGACUUUGGCGAAGCCAUCAGUAGACAACAGAUUGGUGACUCGUUGGCUGCCUUGGCUAUUGCUCUUUGGCUCUCAUCUCGUAUUUUCCCGCUGGGUAUCAAAGGUGCAGAGUGAUCAAGUGAAAGCACAAGGCUUGGCGCAUGAUCAAAUGAAAGCACAAGGAGUGGAGAUUCAGAAACUCCAAAUGCAGAUCGAAGCGCAAGGUAUGGAGAUUCAGACACUCAAAAUGAAGACACAGACACAAGAUGUUCAGAUUCAAGCAUUGCAGACACAACAGGUUUCUGCAGGAAGUCAGUCCUUUGGGGUCUACUGUCCCAACCUUUUUGAUUUGAUUUUGUUAUUCAUUUGUUCAUGA